CUUGUUUUUAGGUAGAACACUAUGAUUUCUCAAAAUGUGUAGUGACUAAAAAAACCUUCUUGCUUCUUUGUUUAGAAAAAAGGGUCAUAUAAAUAUUCCAACUUGUUGUGUGGUUUUUUACUCCAUUUUGAGGAUAUUGUUGUCCACUUUGUGGUUUUGUCAUCAUGAAGGUUUCUGGUUUUUGUGCUUUGUUCUUGGUGAUUGUCGCUGCUCUUUCUUUUUUUAACUUCUUAAGUACUACAAGUCCUUCUUGGAUUCCAGAUUUGAUCGGUACCAAAUGUGAUGAUAAAACAACACCAAUUGCAACAAGCAGGAAAUUGAAGGAAAAUGUUGGCAUGAGUAGCGACGAAACGGGUGAUAUAAGCGAUCACGUGACUCUUGAAGAUUAUAGUCCAAUUGAUCCAUCACCAGGUGCAGCAAAGAAUGUUAAAGCAGGACCUAUUGAACAUGGAACUCCUCUUAUGCCAUUCAUUCCAAAGCCUCCACCUCCUAGUCCCUUUAAUUCUGCACCUGGAGAUUAUAAUUAAUUAAUUAAUUAAUUAGUCACUUGUUCUAAACUUUAUGUUAGAUACUAGUACAAUAUUAUGGUCUAGUGUGUAAUACUAAGAAUGUAGUACAAGUCUUAUGAACACUAUUUAACACUUAAAAUCUUUAUUAUCUAUUGUUUGAGUCAAAAAGAGUCUUCCAAAGAGUAUAUUGAGUGGCAUAUCUCAUGCUCAAAUUGAAGACUAUGUGGUGUUUAUUAGUUAGUUUGCACAGGUUGUUGUUUGUUGCACAGGUUGUUGUCUGUAAUCCUUGUUUUCUCAUGUUGUGAAAAAUAAUAGUACCACUAAUUAUUUGUAUUUUGGCAUCCUA